AUUGUCUGAGAGCAGAGAUUGAGGGAAUGAUCUGUAGAAAUACUAGUGCAUACUUGUUUUUGAAUGUUAGUACCAGUCUUUCAAUCUAGGAGUACAAGGAAAACAUGGCAUAUGAAGAUAUUUUCCUUUAUCUAGGUGCAUUUGGCCCUUACCAGAGGUAUAUUUAUUUUCUCUUAUGCCUCACUAAUAUUUCCUGUGCACUUCAUAAGUUAGCAGGAGUAUUUCUUCAAGCAAAAAUCGAUCACAGAUGCUCUCUACCUUUUGAAAGUAACAAUGCUACUUAUCAGGAACUUCCCAGAGAACUGUACAACAUGACAUAUCCAUGGGACACCAGGCUUAAAGCAUGGUCAUCAUGUCAAAGACUUGAUGGUGAUUUUUCAGAUGAAUAUUUUAUCAACAACUUACCCUCAAAUCACAGUGUCUACUGUGACAACGGCUGGAUAUAUGACAAAACCACAUACCAAAGCAGCACAGUAAUUGAGUGGGAUCUGGUGUGUGAUAAAGCAUGGCUUCGAGCAACUGCAGAUUCAAUGUUCAUGUUGGGAGAUGCUUUAGGAUCUGUUAGUUUUGGCUUUCUCUCUGAUAAAUUUGGUCGUCGUCCCAUCUUUUUUGUAGCAUUGACAAUGCAGCUAGUUGCAGGAUUUUUAGUGGCUGUAUCACCCACAUAUUUGUGCUUCAUGUUAUCUCGAUUCCUCGUGGGAAUAACAGCCUCUGGAAUGUUUCUGGUGGCUUUUGUAAUAGCUCUUGAAAUGGUAGCUCCCAGCAAACGCGUAAUGGCUGGAAUUCCCUGUCAAUUGUUCUUCACAUCUGGCUACAUCUUUGUGACUGCAUUUUCUUAUUUUAUUAAUAACUGGCGGAUAAUACCAGAAUCGGCUCGUUGGCUACUUUCCAAUGGUCGAGAAGAAGAAGGUAAAGCAGUUAUUUUGAAAGUAGCCAGGAAAAAUCAAGUUCAUAUUCCCACAGAUGUAAUCAGUGGUCUCAUGCACCAGGAAGAUAGCAAUGGCAAUAUUUUUCCACAAGAACAGAUUAAAAAACCAUCCUUUCUGGAUCUUCUGAAGUAUCCAGUGCUUCGCAGGCGUGCUUUCUAUAUAUUCUUUAUCUGGUAA